UGCUGUGCCGCCAUCUAUUGAUAAAGGCGCACAAUCGCAUGUAAUGUAUCCUUUGCGCACUAGGACCCCGACACGACACAGGCGGCAGUAAAUAUGGCAGACAGCGACACAUCUACAGAUGCUCACAAACUCAAUGUUUAUCAGGAGUUGCUCAGUCCAUCAGAGCUGUUUGAGGCGAGGUCCCGGAGCCAUAAGAUACCAGUGAGGGGUCAGAAAGACUUCCUGCCCGAUGGGUCCGAGAAGCAGACGGCCCGUCUGCAGCAGAGUCUGGACGAGCACUGGACGCUCCUGGCCGAGGAGAGGGUAGAGAGACUAGGGAAUCUAGUGAAAGCUGUCUGGAUCCCUGAGGAAACACUAGUGGAAUUACAGUCACCAGCAGGGAAAUUUUGGCAGACGAUGGGUUUUUCAGAGAGAGGCAAGCAGUAUCUGCAUCCUGAAGAGGCUCUCUACCUCAUGGAAUGUGGCAAUGUGCAGGUGUUUCACCGGGAUCUUCCUUUGUCCAUUCAGGAGGGAUAUGAGCGCUUUCUUUCUUGUGAGACUGUGACUCUUCAUCAGUAUCAGGUUUUUGGACAUUUGAAAAGGCUUGGGUAUGUUGUGAACAGAUUUGACCCCAGUUCAGUCCCGUCUACAUAUGAGAGACAGCUGAAUCUGCCGGCAUCAUCGCGGGACAAGCAGAGAAAACAGCUGAAGAGGAAACGCUCUCAAAGUCCUGUAUCCAGUGAAAAACAAAACACAUCACCAGUGGAGAAGAUAACAGCUGAAGACCAAAGUGACGAGCUAGUUAAAAACAGUGAAUCGCCGGCGGCCACAGAUCUGCCUCCGCAGGAGCCCAUGCAGUCCGCUGAGGCUUCUGACAGGACGUGGUGGAUAGAAGGGGAUGUCCAUCCUCCACCUGCUCAAGCCCAAAGCACAGCUCCUCGCUGGGACUUCAGCAGCAUCUCUUUCCCAGACCUGGGCUCUCGUAGGAGCCGCUCGGUCUGCCUGGCUUCUCCAGACCGCAGCCUGCUGCCCGGUGCUCUGGAGGUGGGCGACUGUGAUGUGACUCCUUGGCUCAGCAGACUCAACGUGAAGCAGGAGAAGCUGUCGCGCCGGGACAGGGAGCGCCAGAGAGAGCGAGAUCGCUACCGCAGGGAUGUUAAUAGCGACCGAGAGGUGCGACGCUGCAGGAACUGGGCGGAGUAUUUACAGCUGCUGGAGGAGAGGAGGCGGCGGCGGCAGAAAGACAGACCCGCGCAUCUGUGGGAGAGGGAGGUGACGCCGCUCACUCAGCCCGGCCAGUGCGCCUCACACCGUGAACUGCUGGACCAGAUCAGCAUUGUCAAGUCUUCGAGCUUGUCUGAGGGGGUUUCCAGGUUGUCCCCGUCAGACCAGUGGAAGAUUAGUUUUGAUGUUUACCAACCGGACACGGUGGCGGAGUUUAAAAAGAGCCACCCCGGAAAGCCUUAUAGCCGCAUGUGUGUCUGCAGUUUCGACGGUCCCGUGCCUGAUCUGCAUGUCAUGAAGCAGCUGUCCUUCCAAAGCGGAGACGUCCCAGUGACGUUUGCUGUGGUGGAUCAUGGUGACAUCUCUUUUUACUGCUUCAAGGAUUUCAAACUUCCAACUGAUGUGUAUUAAGGAGCAUUUCUAAAACUGUACUCUCAGGGUUUUAAAGGGAUAGUUCAUUCAAAAAUGAACAUUCUGUCAUCUUUUGCUCACCCUCAUGCCCUUCCAAGAAUGCUGGUAAUCAAACUGUUCCCAUUGACUUCCAUUAUAUUUUUUGACAUCCAUUGUACAAUGGAAAUCCAUGGGAACAAAACUGAUUGGUUUCCAACAUUCAUCAAAAUAUCUUCUUUUGUCUUUCACAGAAGAAAGAAACUCAAACAGGUUUGGAACGACAUGAGGGGGAGUAAAUGAUGGCAGAAUUGACAUUUUUGGGUGCACUAACCCUUUAAUUUGAUUUUAAUAGAAAACUGUUAAGAAUUUGUCAUGUGCAAGUUAUACCAAAACUAUUUACACCAGCAUUUCUGUCAUCAAAACAUUUUGUCUAUUGUUUGGACAGAAAACAUCAAAGUCUGCUUUGGUCAGUUGAUUAUAUAUGUCUUCAGGACCAUCUCUACUGGUUGGAUGAACAUUUCUUUGAACUAAUUAACAAGCUUUCAGGGUAUCAGGUUUAAGUUUUGUUUCUGGCUCUGUUUGUGUAUGCCAUAUCGAAAUAACUAUAUGGGUAUCUUGGUUUACAUACAUUGGUAAUGAUGGUUCUUCAUUAUUCAGUGCUUAUCAUUACUGCGCUUCAGUGGAAAGGAAGCCGCAAUGCAAAUAUUCUGUUGAGAAUGGGAAAGCUAGAUGAGCAUUUCAAAUGGUCAAAGUUUGGCAUUGAAAUUUACGCAAUAACUCAAUAAAACAAUCUAUUUCAUCAGA